CCAGAAGAGCGGCUACUCUGUUUGCAUAUCAACGCAAGCUGAUAACCCAACUCUGAAUAGCCAGCAGCAUCCAAGAUGGUCAAGAGGAGCAAAAAGAGCAAAAGCAAGAGAGUGCCUCUGAAGAAGAAGUACAAGGUGAUAAGGAAGGUGAAAGAGCACCACAAGAAGAAGGCCAAGGAGGCCAAGAAGCUCGGCUUCCAGCGCAAGAAGGUUGAGAAGGACCCUGGUAUCCCCAAUGACUGGCCCUUCAAGGAGCAAGAGCUUAAGGCCCUUGAAGCUCGCCGCGCUCGUGUUAUUGAUGAAAUUGAGCAGAAGAAAGCUGCCCGCAAAGAAAGGGCUCAGAAGAGGAAGCUGGGCAAAUUAGAGGAGGACCACGACUCCAAAUUGGAUGAACUAAUUGAGGAAAAGAGUACCGAUGAUUCCACUGGAUUUUCUAAGAAUAGGGAUAGCUCAGAUAGGGCUUUCUACAAGGAGUUGGUUAAAGUUAUUGAAGCAUCAGAUGUUAUUUUGGAGGUUCUUGAUGCUCGAGAUCCCCUGGGUACACGAUGUAUUGAUAUGGAAAAGAUGGUCAGGAAGUCGGGUCCUAACAAGCAUCUUGUGUUACUUCUGAACAAGAUCGAUCUUAUCCCGCGUGAAGCUGUUGAGAAGUGGCUCACUUAUCUUAGGGAAGAGUUGCCAGCUGUUGCCUUCAAGUGCAGCACCCAAGAACAAAAAUCAAACUUAGGGUGGAAAUCCUCCUCUAAAAAGUCAAAACCUAGCAACCUUUUGCAGACAAGUGAUUGUUUAGGAGCUGAAACUCUUCUUAAAUUGUUGAAGAACUAUUCAAGAAGUCAUGAGAUCAAGAAGUCGAUUACAGUGGGUAUUAUUGGCCUGCCUAAUGUUGGUAAGAGUAGUCUCAUUAACAGUUUGAAGAGAUGCCGUGUCGUCAAUGUUGGUUCCACCCCAGGGUUAACAAGAUCACUACAAGAAGUUCAGUUGGAUAAUAAUGUCAAAUUGUUAGAUUGCCCUGGUGUUGUCAUGCUCAAAUCUACAGAAAAUGAUGCCUCUAUAGCUCUUCGAAAUUGCAAAAGAAUUGAGAAGUUAGAGGAUCCAAUUGGUCCAGUGAAGGAAAUUUUGAAGCUCUGCCCAGCCAGAUUGUUGGUAUCUAUAUACAAGCUUCCAAGCUUUGAUACCGUUGAUGACUUUCUACAGAAGGUGGCUACUGUUAGGGGUAAGCUGAAAAAGGGUGGUAUUGUAGAUAUUGGAGCUGCAGCGAGAAUUGUUCUGCAUGACUGGAAUGAGGGUAAAAUUCCAUACUACACUGUGCCUCCUGCUAGGAGUCAAGAAGAACCUUCAGUAGCAAAAAUCGUUUCAGAGCUGGGCAAGGCAUUGAACAUUGAUGAAGUAUACAAUGGAGAAUCUUCAUUCAUCGGAAGCCUCAAAUCUGUUAAUGAUUUCCAUCCUGUUGAAGUUCCUCCCAGUUGCCCUCUCAAUUUUGAUGAAAAUAUGGUCGAGGAUGAUGCUGUACAAAGACCAUCGAGUGAAGCGGAUGGAAGUCCUAAAGAUAUGGUUGAUGAAGACGAUGACCAGUCCAUGGCAGUUGAAGAGGAUGAACCAGGAAAGGCAAAAGAAAAGACGACUACUAAAACUAGCAGGCAAAAUGAGAAAUUGUAUGCAAUUGAUGGUAUGCUUAAUACAAAGAAGAAGAAAGCGGAGAAGAAGAUGAGGAAAAAGGCCAAAUCAGCUUCCAAGGAUGCUAUGGAAGAUGAUGAUGAUUAUGAUUUUAAGGUUGAUUACGUCAAGAAGGGAUCUGCAAUGGAUGUUACUGAUGGCACUGGGGAAAAUGAUGAGGGUCAAAUUACUGGUAAGGUACCUAUGUUUGGUAUUGGAUUUGAUGAACCGGAGGAAGAGUGAACUGUAUUUCCAGAGGUACUCACAAGUAAAAUUUUUACGCUAUUAUGUAUUUCUCUCAAUAGGGCUUUAUGUUUCUUCUUUCAUAUUUCAUGGUUAUGCUAAAAGUUUGUGCGGACAAGAAAUACUAUUAUCUAUUAAUCAAAUCUCGAUUAUUUUUUCUUGUGUC